GCACUCCCAGAUAUAUGAACAAGCCCUGUCUCCAUCGAACCUCACGAAACCCCGAUUCAAAACUCCACCCCCCGCGAUUCUUCCCCGCCCCCCGACGUCCAGACGGACAGACAGACGGCCCGCCCCGCCCCCUGCACGCGGAGUGGUGUUGACCUCGGGGGGUCUGGUUCUGGCCAGCGAGACAGACCUCGGCCCUCCACCCUCACUCGGUCCCUUAGGCCCCCUUUUGUGUCACCCUGGCCCCACCCUGGGCCCUAGGGCAGGUCCGCAGCCCAAAUGCAGGAGACCUGCUGCCCGCGUCCCUAGGACCGAGGCGCUCAGCAGUUCUAUUCUUCCCGGGAUCAAGAGACCCCUGGGAGGUGAUUCCUCUCAGAGCAUGUUAUAAGCGAUAGUGACAGACAAAGCCAUGGAGGUAACUGGGCGAGGAGUGACGGGGUCUUCCUCCUCACCCUGUCUCAGACACGCCCCUGGCCCGCAGGUCUCUGAUUAAAUCUGUGUCUUUCUUCUUGGGAGAAAGUAGAUCCCCCAGGCCUUGGGUGGGGAAGGAGGAGGGACAUUGGUCGUCUUUGAGGACCUGUAGGCAGGAAGGAGGGUGUUUGUCCUGGGUGGGGCUCUGUGCCAGGUCUUCUGGGUGGCUGAAGUGGCGAGAGAAGGGGUGGGACUGCCGGACUUCUGGACUUUGGGCAGAACAGAUCCUCCCGAAUCCCUGGCUGGCUGCGGAGUAGAGUUUCCUCCCGGCUGGGCCUGAGUGCUGUAGCCAAGGGCUCUGCUCUGCACACAGCCCUGGCGAGGUUCCCCCAUCCAAGAUGUCGGGCCUGGUGCUGGGGCAACGGGAUGAGCCCGCAGGUCACCGGCUCAGCCAAGAGGAGAUCUUGGGGAGCACCCGGCUGGUGAGCCAAGGGCUGGAGGCCCUACACAGUGAGCACCAGGCCGUGCUGCAAAGCCUGUCCCACACCAUUGAGUGUCUGCAGCAGGGAGGCCACGAGGAAGGGCUGGUGCAUGAGAAGGCCCGCCAGCUGCGCCGUUCUAUGGAAAACAUUGAGCUGGGGCUGAGUGAGGCCCAGGUGAUGCUGGCCCUUGCCAGCCACCUGAGCACAGUGGAGUCAGAGAAACAGAAGCUGCGGGCUCAGGUGCGGCGGCUGUGCCAGGAGAACCAGUGGCUCCGGGAUGAGUUGGCGGGCACGCAGCAGCGUUUGCAGCGCAGCGAACAGGCCGUGGCCCAGCUGGAGGAGGAAAAGAAGCACCUGGAGUUCCUGGGACAGCUGCGGCAGUACGACGAGGAUGGACAUGGCACGGAGGACAAGGAAGGUGAUGCCACCAAGGACUCCCUGGAUGACCUCUUCCCGAAUGAGGAGGAGGAGGACCCCAGUAAUGGCUUGUCCAGGGGCCAGGGUGUUGCAGCAGCCCAGCAGGGUGGCUACGAGAUCCCCGCAAGGCUUCGGACCCUGCACAACCUUGUGAUCCAGUACGCAGCCCAGGGGCGCUACGAGGUGGCUGUGCCGCUCUGCAAGCAGGCACUUGAGGACCUGGAGCGCACAUCUGGCCGUGGCCACCCUGACGUCGCCACCAUGCUCAACAUCUUGGCUUUGGUGUAUCGGGACCAAAAUAAGUACAAGGAAGCUGCCCACCUGCUGAAUGACGCCCUCAGCAUCCGGGAGAGCACGCUGGGCCGGGACCACCCUGCUGUGGCUGCCACACUCAACAAUCUGGCUGUGCUGUAUGGCAAAAGGGGCAAAUACAAGGAGGCAGAGCCACUGUGCCAGCGAGCACUGGAGAUUCGAGAGAAGGUCCUGGGCACUGACCAUCCAGAUGUGGCAAAGCAGCUGAACAACUUGGCCCUAUUGUGCCAAAACCAGGGCAAGUAUGAGGCGGUAGAACGCUAUUACCAGCGGGCACUGGCCAUCUACGAGGGGCAGCUGGGGCCAGACAACCCGAAUGUAGCUCGGACCAAGAACAACCUGGCUUCCUGUUACCUGAAACAGGGCAAGUACACUGAGGCGGAGACCCUGUACAAGGACAUCCUGACCCGAGCCCACGUGCAGGAAUUUGGGUCUGUGGAUGAUGACCAUAAGCCCAUCUGGAUGCACGCGGAGGAGCGAGAGGAAAUGAGCAGAAGCCGGCACCGAGAGGGCGGCACACCCUAUGCCGAGUAUGGAGGCUGGUACAAGGCCUGCAAAGUGAGCAGCCCCACAGUGAACACCACUCUGAGGAACCUUGGAGCUUUGUACAGGCGCCAGGGAAAGCUGGAGGCAGCUGAGACCCUGGAAGAGUGUGCCCUUCGUUCCCGGAAGCAGGGCACUGACCCUAUCAGCCAGACUAAGGUGGCAGAGUUGCUUGGGGAGGGUGACAGCAGGAGGACUUCCCAGGAGGGUGCUGGGGACAGCGUGAAAUUUGAGGGAGGUGAAGAGGCUUCUGUGGCUGUGGAGUGGUCAGGGGAUGGCAGUGGGACCCUGCAGAGGAGCGGCUCUCUGGGCAAGAUCCGAGAUGUGCUCCGCAGAAGCAGCGAGCUCCUGGUGCGGAAGUUGCAGGGGAAUGAACCUCGGGCCUCCAGCAGCAACAUGAAGCGGGCGGCCUCCUUGAACUACCUGAACCAACCCAGCACUGCGCCCCUCCAGGUGUCCCGGGGCCUCAGUGCCAGCACCAUGGACCUCUCUUCAAGUAGCUGACGUCCGUCCCCGUCCAGGGCUUCCAGUCCCUCACAGCCCCACAGCAUUCCCACUGCUCGGACUGCUCACCCCAGGGUGGGACAGUAACUCAAAGCCUGCUGCUGCCUGCAGGGUCUUGGCCCCUCCUCAGGAACCCCCUUAGGAAGGACCCUCAGGACACCCCACUCUGGGGUCCUAUAGUAGCUCGCUCAGACAAGAAGAGGCUGCUACUGGCCUUGCUGCAGGAGGGUUUGUGGCCAGCCAUGCCACCUCAUUUUGGCCUCCUUAUACCCUGCCCCUGGCCUCCUCCUCCCCUGGGCUGUCUCACUUCAGGUCACGUAUUUCACAUUUCUUAAAUAAAAGAAUCAGGUAACCUUUC